CCUCCCAGGCAUGGAGUGGCGGCGGUCGCUGGAGACCCUAAACUACCUGUGACCCUUCACCCUAAGCCCGCGACCCCAUCCGUAACCCUUCACCCUAAGCCCGCGACCCCAUCCGUAACCCUUCACCCUAAGCCCGCGACCCCAUCCGUAACCCUGGAGGCGCCGGCGGCCGCGGGGCCCGAAGACGAGGACGAGGAGGAGGCGCUGCCGCACUCGGAGGCGAUGGACGUGUUCCAGGAGGGCCUGGCCAUGGUGGUGCAGGACCCGCUGCUCUGCGACCUGCCGAUCCAGGUAACUCUGGAGGAGGUCAAUUCCCAGAUUGCCCUGGAAUAUGGCCAAGCAAUGACAGUCCGAGUGUGCAAGAUGGAUGGCGAGGUCAUGCCUGUGGUCGUGGUGCAGAACGCCACUGUCCUCGACCUCAAGAAGGCCAUCCAGAGACACGUGCAGCUCAAGCAAGAGCGCGAAGGGGGCGUCCAGCACAUCAGCUGGUCCUACGUGUGGAGGACGAACCACCUGAUCUCCGCAGGGGAGAAGCUCGCAGAUGAUCGAAAGAAGCUCCGCGACUAUGGCAUCCGCAACCGGGACGAGGUGUCCUUCAUCAAGAAGCUGAGGCAAAAGUGAGCCUCGACAGACACCUCCCCGUUUGCUGGUCAGGACAGACCGUGCCGUGGCCUCAUGGAGCUGUGCCCAGUCGCACAGCAGGGACCCCGGGGCUGUAGGUCCUGGCCCUGUUUGCUCCGGCAUUUAGGAUGUGAAAGCCUUGACCAGCGUCGUGGCAUAGCACAUUGAUACUCUGCUUGUGGCACCAGCAUCCCAUGUGGGUACUGGUUCAAGUCCUGGCUGCUCCACUGCUCAUCCAGCUCCCU